ACAGGAAGUAGGAGAUUACAGGUUACCGGAUUCAAUGUUUCAACUUAACAGCCAAAAUGCACACGGGGAAAAUGGUGCAGAGCACUGUUAAAUAUAAAGUACUUGCGAGCGAUGUGCAAGAUGAAAACGACAACGAUUGUACCGAAGAUGAAGGCGAUGAAGAAAUUACGAUAGAUUUCCAUUCGCCCUUCAUCAAUCAGCAAAGACAGAGAAGGAAAAGAGACACCUGUAUCAGGGUCAUGGUGGCUGUGAUUCUUCUGGGAAUUGUUUUUGGAUUUAUGGUGUAUGAAUGGAAUGGCUAUUGGUCUGGAGUUGAAGGGCUUCAGGACCUGUCACAUCAUCAGGAGCAUAACGGGACACACAAGACCUCUGAGGAUGAAGACCACGAACACCACGAACACCAUGAAGACCAUGAACACCAUGAACACCACGAUCACCACGAUCAGCAUGGAGAAGAUGAUGAUCACGACAAGGACCAUGACCACGACCACAAAGAUGAACAUAAUCAUAAUAAUGGUAGUCACACUCAUGAGCACAGUCAACCACUGUACCACAAUGCUGCUAUCAUCACAGACUCAGCAAUCUGCUCCGGUAUUGGUAAGGAGCUUCUUCAGGAGCAAGGGAAUCUGGUAGACGCAGGGAUUGCUGCUUUACUCUGCCUAGGAGUUGUUCAUCCACACACUGCCGGAUUAGGUGGAGUGUUUUCUGCAAUUUUGUACAAACAUGAAACAAAAUCAUUUAUAGCAAUACAUGACACCUCUCAGCAGUUGCCUAUGCACAGAGCUCCCUCAUUAUUGCAGGGCCUUCAUCUGCUGCACUCCAACUACGGGCAUUCAGAAUGGAGUCGGCUUUUCGAGGGCGCCACCAAACUCGCUAAAGACGGUUUCCGUAUCGAUGGAAUCCUCUCCAGGGCUUUAGAAACCCACAAGGACAAAAUACUCCACUCAGGACUGUCCGGUGUGUUCUGUGAUACGGACGGGCGUGUGAAAUCAGAGGGUGAGCGUGUUGCCAACGGGAAUCUAUCAGAACUUUUGCUGAGCGUCAGCCUAAAUGGUUCCCAUUUCCCAGAAAAUCUGGCCGUAAAAUUGGCUCAAGACAUUUCUGAAGCUGAGAGGUCGGCUUUCCUUGCUGCCGUUCAGGCCGGCAGCGGAGAAAUCAAUGAGCCCCUUAUCGUGGAAAAGGAGAAAUACAGAAUUCUUUCAGCCCCCUUACAGCACACAGGUGGAAUGGUAUCCAAUAUAUUAGAUAAAGUUCGAGAGCAAAACCUUACUUUUCCGAGCCACGGAGAUCUCGGUAAUGCCUCUGCCUCUUAUAAUGCUCUCUUAAAUUUGGCGAAUGAAUUCCUCAACACAAGUCAGAGAGAGAUAUUCACAUUAAAUACCAUAAGCAGUCAUGUAGGAGUCCUUGAUAGUCACGGCAAUUUCAUAGUUAUCUCCACCUCGCUCAACAGCACAUGGGGAUCCGGGCAAUACCUACCAAGUAGCGGAGUCAUUCUCAAUGACUUUACCUCAGACAUCACUCAGGUGCCUUAUUUUAGUUUUCCUCUAGUGCUCAACAUAUAUGACAAUGAAGAGGAUCAAGACAAAGAGACGGUGCUUGUUGCUGUGACCGGAGGGCUUUCUGCUCUGAUUCAUUCUGUGGUUAUGCUGAGAAACCUGGUUGACGUUGGACUGUCUGUUAAUGACACUGUGAGCAGUCCUCUGCUAUAUAUAGAGCAGGGGGGUCCCGAGUCUCUGUCUGGCUGUAUGUCUGAUGUCACAAACAACACUGUUGUCUUCCGUACGAUUUCAGAGCAAGGCGGGUGGGUAAAGGAGGUGGGGGAAUGUUCAGAUGGCUUCCUGUCCAUGCAUCUGCAGCUGAAAUCAGAACAUGUAGGAGUCUAUGGAGCAACUAAGGUUUACGCUGAUGGAUACUAAGGCAAAAAAAAAGAUCUGGACAGUAAUGACAUAUUUGGUAAAAGUGAUACGUAAUGCACUUUAAGACCAUUGCACUCAUACUCCCCAUGACUUAUGUUAUGUCCAGCCUCACAUUACUGGGAAUGUUCUCUAUGUAAAUGUAAUUUUUGUUUUUGGUAAAAAAAUGUUUGCUGUUUUAGGAGACAGACUUUCAGUGAUUCUUUCUUUUUUAAAAUGCAAUACUUCCUCUGUUAUAUGUUCUUUCCUUUCAGCAUUUUUUUUUUUAAACGCCUUCCUGAGAUGUCUUUAAAUAGAUUUUUUUUGUUGUUGUUUUAUUUAAUCCUGUGAAUCAUGCAGUGACUAUGCAGUGCGCACAAACCCUAACAGUUGGAUCGAUUCGAUGAACCUGAUGAGUGAAGGACUGCUGCUUCUUUGUAACGUUGUUUUGAUAAAAGUCAAUUACAGACAAACACUUACAGAUGUUUUUAUGAAGUUUUAUACACUUUUUUUCAAUGUUUGACUAUAUGUGUAUGUGAAGGUUAUUUGCUUCUGGAGUUGCUGAUGGAAGAAUGGUGUUUGUUCAGUUGAAUUAAUGUGAGAUGUUUAUGAUUUGUUGGACAAAAAGCUGCAUAUUUGAGUUCUAUUACUAAAUUGGGUUGCUUUUAGUUCUUUUGUUGUUUGGAAAAACAAUAACAUGAGUGCUAUUUAACGAAAUAGUGAUUUUAUAUGAAUUUGUACCAUGUGAUUGGUAUGGAAAUUUUAGCUUGAAGGUUUUUUCGUAAACUUAACUGCCAGUGGGGCGUAAGCAGAUCAUACAAACAUGUAUGAAUAAGAUUAUACAAAUUCAUAUGAAUUAGACACCAAUUUGCCAAAACAUAAAAUAGUUAUGAAUUACCAUGAGAAUGUGUUGCUUUUGAUAGAUUGAUAGAGUUUUGUACAGAGUAGUUUUUAUGCCAGUGCAAAAAAAAAAAAAACUCUGUUGCUGCUGCUGAAGCAGAUUUUGUGAUUGUAAAAAAAUGUGGUGGUCUAUCUUCAUUGUGCUGAUAGGCUGUACUGUCAGUUUUCAUUUUAGUUCUUUGCCUGUUCCUCUCAUCAUCUUGGUUAUGAACAAAUUAUACAGAAGUAUACAUCAAGACA